GCACUAUAUAUAGCCCCUCAAGUGAUCAUCUCUUCACUAAGCAGCACUAAACCAGCCCUCAUUUGCCCCCCAUAUUUUCAUUUCUCUGAUUCCCAUCAACUUUCCCUCCUGCAAAUUCCCCUAGCUUUGCUUUUUCAUUUCCAGAUGGCCAGCGUUGAGGUUGCACAAGCUACAACAUUGCCUGAGGAGAAGGCACCCGAGGUGACAGAGACAGAGGAAGCGCUCGCGGAAGAAGUGGCCACCCCAGCCGUGACCGAGGAACCCGUAGUCGAUGCACCAGCUGCCGAGGAGUCAGUUCCCGCAGUAGAAUCUGAGACGCCGGCAGAAGUCGAAACCAAGGAAGUCGUGGAGGAAACCAAGGCCGAAGAGCCAGCAGAGCCAGCCGUUGCCGAGGAGACCACUAGGGAACUGGAUAUCACCGAGACCCCGGCCGCUCCUGCUGAGGCGGAAGCCCCCGCCGCUCCAGCCGAGGAGGAGGCGCCAGCCGCUCCUGCCGAGGAGACGCCAGCAGCUCCUGCUGAAGUGGACGUGCCUGCUGCCCCUGCCAAGGAGGAAGCUCCGUCGCCGCCGACACCACACCUGUCGCCCCUGCCGAGGAGGUUGCACCGGCUGCUCCUGCUGAGGAGACUCCAGCCAAGGUGGAAGCACCGGCAGCGGAGUAAGGACGAUCCGGCACUCGAGCUGCAUUCGAGGAAGCUUUGAGUAGAGAUCAUCCCACUGGUAUUCAGGAAGAGAGUGUGCAAGUAAAUGCGGUGGUGGUGUGUCUACUCUUUUUUAGUUAUGAUGGGGUUCUUGGGUUUCUAGGUUUGCAUGUUGAAGUUGGUCAGGUUUUGCUCAUUGUGUCUUUUUUUCUUCCUUGGUUUAGUUUCUUACUAUAUUAAAUAUGGACUAGACCAUGUUGUGGUACUGCUACUAUGGUUUGCUCGAGUCUAGAAGAUGCCCGCUCGGAGCCACGUCAAGGUCCGCCGCCGCCGCAAGAAUGGCUGAUAAUUGUUUUAUUUGAGGCGAGGCUGUGUUUGCUUUUUUGGGGGGCGAUGGUCGGAGGAUUGCGGCAGAGGAAGGCUGCGAUGUUUGGCGCCGAGAGGGGGGCUUCAUAUGAUUACUAGCAAUGUGUGAUGAGAUAUGAAUAAUGAAAUUUGCUAUUUCUCCUA